UCUAAGUUAUGCUGUGUGCUUCUUCGCUCCCAAGAAAUCGAACGAAGCUUUUUGAUAAAUCGGUAAUGAAGUAGAGAAGCUCGUAAUCAGUUAUUAUUUUCAUAAGUGCUUUAAACCUCUUGGAUUAAGUGGUUUGUUUUCCGCAACGAAACAAGAUCGAUUCCGUUUAUCUAUCGAUUAAGUUUCCAAAAUGAUGCCUCCGGGGCAAAUGCCUGAAGAUCGAAGAUCUUCUCCGCAUUUCAGGCACACUCCCUUGCAAGUUAUCCAUAUUGUUGGAAACUUCAUGAGAAUCUGGUCAAUUUACUCCCUCUACCGAUACUUAUCGCAGACAGGCGCUUCUGUUGUUCUUUUUCUCUUCACUUGUCUAGUCCCAGCAUCCAUCCUGUUUUUAGUAUUGCAAAAGCCUUGGAAGGGCAGGCCGCUCUCCAAUGUACAGGUAGUUCCUUCGAUAAUCAAUGGUGGAAUAACAGCUUUAUACUUCAUUCUGUGGGGAAAAGGCCUCAGAUCUUGUGGACCUCUUAGAGCUAUAUUAGCAGAGUAUUCUGGUGCUGUUCUUGGAGUAUUAUCUGCAGUAUUAUAUGGGAGGAGGGGCCAAAUAUGGAAAAAGAUAGGUGGGCUUGUUGCAAUGUUGACAUCUUUCUACUUCUUAUCUCAAGGAUGGGCCAUGGCAACAUAUUCUCCAUUCACAUUUAAGGAUAGUCCUGCUGAUAUUGAGGUUCAGACUGAGGAAGUUUUGGGCAUGACAGAGAUGGCUGUUCCAAUCCUUGCUGGAGUCUUAUCAGCCCUGAGAAGGGUGAUUGCACGACGUGUUUCACUCAAGAAUCAACUUAAAAGGAGACUCCAUGCUAUAACUAUUGCUUCUGCAACGUGUUUCCUGUUUCCUGUGGCCAUGUGGGACAUGAUUAUUGGAUCACCUUCAAGUAGCAGUGAGAAGAUGCCUUUCUCUGUUUGGGCUUUCUCAAGCACCGUUCUUUUUGGAGUUAUCUUCAUAUUCUACAUUGACAGCAUUGCAGAGGAGAGAUUACACGUGGUGUUCUCUUCUCCAAGGCAUUUAAUGGUUGCUGGAGGAUGUAUAAUUGUGAUGGAGAUAAUUUAUAAAAUGGACUUCUCUCUGGCAGGGUUCCUAAUUUGCUGUUUCAUUUUGGGCGUUGGAAUAUAUGAGGCAACCUCUCUGGAACGUACGAGAAGAGAUUCUUCUCAAACUUCAGAUAUAUCAAAUGGAAUUUUGGAGGACCCAAUUCAGAUGUCUUCACUUCCAACUUGAAUUAUUAUGGAUUCACCAUGUACAUCACUUGGUUCUUUCACAGGAUGUUUGUAAUCAUAAAUACGGGAAAGGAAAAGUCGAUCAUUGGUGAUUCCUUGGCGAAUUCUUGAUCACCGAUUGAAUGGAACUGCGAGAAUUUUUUAACUCAUUGUUCAACGUCUGCUGAAGAAACAUACUAGUACCAACCUGUAGUGGAGUUCUAUGACGAGAUUCUUUUUCUAACAAAUUUUGUUCAUAACCUGCACCUUUUGAUUAAUGGUAACUAUUGUUGUAGAGUUUGUC